GUGAAGCACCACCUGAGGUUAGGUCCUCUGGGAGGAGGGUUUCCCCAGUCCAAGGCGAGGAGAACGAGAACGGCGAAGUGCUGGAGAGGAGUACUGACAGAGUGUGGAAGAAACCUACUGCAGUUGAGGCUGAAGUACUAUCUGAACAAGGAUCAGAGGUUACAGGAGCUGCACCUGCAAAUUAAUGUAUGGCCUCACAUGUUAUGAAGACGCUUCACAAUUCGAGUCUACUUAAUAUAUUCACUAGCCUUAUUAUUUUACACGCAAAAAAAAACUAGCCUUAUUAUUUUUGUUAGUCAUGUGCGGCAAGAGUUGUAACAAGAGUUAUCUGUUUAUUUUCUCAUCACUGUUUGGGCACAUGAUAAUCGUCACAUGGUGUAGAUUUUUGGUAUGGACAUUGUGUUUGUGGGACGUUGUUCAUGACAGCGCUUGAGGGGCCUCA